CGGAAGUAGUUGUCGUAACUUGCAAAGACACGCCCACAUCUGAAGGACACGAUUCUCCAGUUUGGGGCUCGGCAAACUUCGUUCAAUCCCGAAAGAAAAGGACGUGUUGCUGCUUUUCCACACAGGAGAUGCUGGCGGUGGCCGGACUUCAGGGCAGCAUUUCUAAUGCCCUGGCCAGUGCAAUCUGUGAAAGAUGCAAAAGUGGUUUUGCUGCAACAGAGAAAAUUGUCAACAGUAAUGGAGAGCUGUAUCACGAACAGUGCUUUGUGUGCGCCCAGUGUUUCCAGCAGUUUCCUGAAGGUCUCUUUUAUGAGUUUGAAGGAAGAAAAUACUGUGAACAUGACUUCCAGAUGCUCUUUGCUCCUUGCUGCCAUCAGUGUGGUGAAUUCAUCAUUGGACGUGUUAUUAAGGCUAUGAACUACAGUUGGCACCCUGAUUGUUUUUGCUGCGAUAUAUGCCAGGCUGUGCUCGCAGAUGUUGGAUUUGUCAAAAAUGCUGGCAGACAUCUGUGUCGCCCGUGCCACAACCGGGAGAAAGCUCGUGGCUUGGGCAAAUAUAUCUGCCAGAAGUGCCAUGCCAUUAUUGACGAGCUACCACUUAUCUUCAAGAAUGACCCGUAUCACCCAGAUCACUUCAACUGCAACAACUGCGGGAAGGAGUUGACAGCUGAUGCCAGAGAGCUGAAGGGAGAGCUCUUCUGCUUGCCUUGCCAUGACAAGAUGGGCGUGCCGAUCUGUGGUGCCUGCAGGAGGCCCAUUGAGGGGCGUGUGGUCAACGCCAUGGGCAAGCAAUGGCACGUAGAGCAUUUCGUGUGUGCCAAAUGUGAGAAGCCUUUCCUAGGGCAUCGCCAUUACGAGAGGAAGGGCUUGGCUUACUGUGAGACUCAUUAUAACCAGCUCUUUGGUGAUGUGUGCUAUCUUUGCAACCGUGUGAUUGAAGGCGAUGUUGUUUCUGCUCUCAACAAAGCCUGGUGCGUCAGUUGUUUCUCCUGCUCCACCUGCAACACCAAACUCACUCUCAAGAACAAGUUUGUGGAGUUUGACAUGAAGCCUGUUUGUAAAAAAUGCUACGAGAAGUUUCCUCUGGAGCUCAAGAAAAGACUGAAGAAGUUGGCUGAGGUUUUGGGACGCAAGUGAAGUGCCUGUGGAUCGCCAAAGGGCUUCCUAUUUUUAUUUCUGUGAUGAUUACAUUCAAAGGAGAAAAUUGAUUAAAAACCCAUAAAUCUUUCUAAAGAUCAACAUACUAACCUCGAUGCUCGCCUUUCUCUUUGGUAACAGUUCAUAUUUUAUUUCAUAAAGUUUUACAUAGAUGGUGUUUUUCUUUCUGUUUAUAACUUUCGUUUUUACUUUUAAUGUUUUAUUUUUUUUAAUAAAGUGUAUUUGUUUUUUUAUACUGAAAAUUGUAUUCUUUAUCAUUUGCUACUUUAACCUGCUCCUGUACAGUGUAACCUAAAAUCCAAACUUCUGAUUCCAAAGAAACUUACCAUCUUCCUUUUGCAAAGUAGGAAACGCAAAUCACAUUUUUAUAUAUUAACUUUUAAUACUCAAGGAUAAAAGAAGAACCACAGUUUUGUUUUAUGCAUUAUUUUUGACUUUUAAAAUGUGUGUGUGUUUUUAUUUUUUUUACAAUAUAUUGUGUUAUGGUGAGCCCCUUGAUUUGGGAGACAUCACAACAAAUGGUACCUCAAUGUGUGAAAGACCUCAGAAUCCUAUUGAUCACACAUGUACUCUUAGGUACGCUAGUUUAAUAAUGUAAUAACAUUUCAUUGUACUGAAUUUUUAUUAAAAUGUGUUUUGUGUGCUUGUUUGUAAAA